AUGCCAUCGAGUCAACGCAGGGCCGCCCAGUCCAGACUAGGCAGAGCAUGUACUGAGUGUCGCCAGGUCAAGUUACGAUGCGACUCGACGGUUAAAUUCCCUGCUCCUUGUUCAAGAUGCCAGGCGACAGGUCGGGCGUGCACCUUUGACCCCUCCUUCAAAAGGACUCCGACCAGAGGCAAACUCGAGCGCAUCACCAAGGAAUUGGAUGAGCUCCAACGUGUCCUCAAGAAGUCCUCCCAAUCUCAGAGCAUUGCUGCCCCGAGUACCACCGACAGCGACGGAAAUCAAGCCGCCAGUGCCCGCACGGGAGGAGAACAUGCUCUCCUAGAACACGACUCACAUCAAGCCUCCUCGGUCGACGACGAUGCCGUGGCAGAGCACUUCUUUGGACUUCAGGACCCUACGGUACUAUCAUCGUGUCCUUCUUUCCAGCUUGGACCGGUCCAAGUAUCGGCGGCCAGUGUUCAAAGACUCUUUACUCUCUUCUCGCGACAUCAUUACCGGCAUCUCCCCAUCCUCGACACCCGCAAGACCUACGUGGAGCUCUAUUCCCGCAUACCGUUUCUGUUCUGGACAAUUAUCGUAGUGACAUGUCGUUAUCAUCCCAUCGAUGCCCAUUUACACGACUCUCUGGUCCAACCAUACCAUCAAUUCCUGGGUAAAGUCCUCUGCAAAGCUCCGUUAUCCCUCCAUGCCAUCCAAGCACUUUUGUUGCUGUGUCUCUGGCCAUUCCCAGUUAUGACACAGCUUUAUGACCCGAGCCUCGGUUAUUCGGCCAUGGCGGUCUCAGCUGCAAAGGACCUGAGGCUUUACAAAUCAUCCCUGUCGCCACACUCGAACGCGGCUUCAGAAGAAGAACAAAUCCGAAUGAAAACCUGGCUAGCAUGCUUCCAAGUCAACACGAGUCUCAGUACAUUCAGAGGGAUUUCAUCUCUUCUGCACAGCCCCAGUGAACUCGCCGACAUCGGCAGAGCUCUCGCAACAGGCAGCCUUCCGACCGAGUUUGCAGCCCAAGUCGAGAUCCAGCGGCAAAUCUCGAGCCACAUCAACAUCUUGCCGAUAGAUCAAAGCGUCUCUGCAAAUCUCUCCGCCGUCCAAACGUUUGAGGAGGAUCUCGGUAGUCUCGAAAGGCAGUUCCACCCGCUCAACAAUCCCGAGAUCAAUUUUAUGGUUUUGCGAGCCAAGCUCAAUCUCUACACUCAGACACUGGUCUCUCUGCACCGACGCCGUCGCGAGGAAGCUUCCUCACGAGCCACCACCGGCUCUACCUUCAACCAGAACCAAUACUACCCCGCGGAGAUUCUGCAGGUCAAGAUCUUCGAGACGGCUGGCCGAAUGAUCGCUUUAUUCCACGACAUCCUGGACAAAACCCCUCCACUCACCAACGUCCAGGCCACGACACGUCCCAGGAGUUGCUAUCCCAAAUACUACCUGCAUGGAUUGAUUUUCGCCUCGUUUACCCUCGUCCGGCUGUUCGCUUUCGGGACGCACGAGCUGCAUCAUCUGUUCGAACACACGCUAAAGCGGGCCUACGAAGCGUUCAUGCGAGAUUCUCGCCAUCCCCUGGACGAACCGGCCCGGGCGGCCCAGCUCGUCGAGGUGGUCAGCAGGAUGACCACCGACGUAGAGAUGACGGUGGAAGAUCGUGCGGGAGCGUCGGUCGUGUACGAUGCCAUCAGAAGAGCGGGCGAGCUGCGAGCUCGUCGGUCACUCGUCGAAGAGCCCAUCCCUGAAGUCCACUUUGACUCCCAGGAUGGUCCUACCCAGCGGCCAGACUCACCCAAUCCGCCUUUGUCUACUCCGAACGCACAAGUGCCGCUGGACCAAGCAGAUUCGCAGUAUUAUUGGAUGACGGCAGGGCUGGAUCCGUCUAGCAAUAUAUGGGGGUUCGGAGAGAUUGAAGAUUUCGACGCUCUAAUGCCAUUUUCACCGCAAGGCUGA